AACAAAUUGAACUGUUGGAUAGUCUGCAACAAUACUUGAUUGGACAAGGAUUGCUGGAAGAGGGGAAGGUCUCGUAUGCAGAUGAAGAUUUGCAUGGAACCAAAAACAAUGGACUUUCUUGA